CAGUUUACCAACACGACAAUGGCCGAAUUCUCCGUAUAGGAUAUUUUUUAUUGGCCCAUACAUCCCAACCUGCCAUGUCUUUGGUUUUAAAAAUGGCGUAUACAAGCUUUUUGUUUGCCGGUUUACGCUGUUGAAUACUUUUCAAGAGCUCGCGCGUCCUCGUACGAGACUAAAACGUCGUGAAUAUGAAAUUAAAGUACAUCUGUACCUAUAUAAUCAACACUGUGGACCCCGUGAACAAAUUUUUGUAGCGUUAUGGUGAAUUAGAAUGGUGCCCGUGGCUUGUCAAUCUCGCACGUCGUCAGGUUACCCUUUCGUAACGUAAAUAUCACCUAGCGAGCGUUUUAUAUUUCAGAUAUGACAGUGUCGCAAAAUAGUAGAUAAUGGAGGGUUCAGAAGAUGAUGCGGGCACCGCGACGAGCGCUUCCCGCCGUGCAUCGGCGCGGGAAAAGAACGUUGGAAAAGCCGAGGACGGCAACGCAACUAGUAAUUUGCUGCAGGAAACAUCUGAAGCUCAAACAUCUUGUCAAACGGCCGCGAUGUCGGAAGAAAACUUUGACGGCGACAGUGUACCAUCGCCGUCGUCACACGACGUCAACACAAGCACAGAGGCCAUUCUUGAUAUGAUCGACGAGAUUGUUGACGGUCCCGGUGCCCCAAAACGUUUGCCGCACUCCUUAGACGCCAGUGUGGACUCUGAAAGUAUCGACGACGAUUCAGAGGCACCCAAGUCGUCCGAGACGAGCCCUCAAGACGACACGCCACAGGUUUCUGCAGAACAUCCAGCCACUAGUGCCAAAAGCGAACAUGAGCCCCAGAUAAAUAUUAUAGACGCACCAGUAGUACCAGAGUGUACAUCUCAAAGUGACAGUUGUGUUUCUGCAAGUGUAUUAAAGACUAUUAGUGUUGAACCCCCACAAUCAUGUUCAUCUAUUGCUGAGGGCGAAUCACAGGCUGAAUCAGCAUUAUCAAAGAACCUUACACUACCAAGUGAUAACUCUGAGGUGUCUAGUGAGUGUCCGCCCUUAAAUAUUCCUUCCAGCAGUGUAGUAGAAACUGUGCAAAGCGUUUUUGACGUUAAUGAGUGUGAAACACAAGAGCGGAUAGUGAAAUGUGUAUCAUCCAGUGAUAACCGGGACAAUGUAACUGUAGAAAGUGCUGAGUCAACAUCAAGUGAUAGCAAGUCAAUAAGUGUAGAGUCUGCAACAAGGUCACCAUUGCGGCGUCGUUUAGUACGGCCAGCACCUAGUGACCGGCGACCAGACUCAACAGUUUCGUCUACAGUUGACAUUCAUACCACAGAACAAAUACAUAGUGAAUCUGUUGCUAAGGAUGUUUCGAGUUCAUCGGAUGCUGUGCCUCCUGUACAUGGUAAUGUUAAGCUUGAAGAGAUUAGAAAUGUAAGUGAUAUUAGUUUCUGCAAAGCAGAAACAUCGGUGAGUUCUCCUAAAAAGAUUAAACUAAUUAGACAAAAACAUACAUCAGGUGUAAAUUAUAAGGAUAGUACACAGGAUAUAGAAGACAGGAUAUUGCUUGAUCAACAACAGUGUCAGUCAACAUCUCAGGAUAAUACAGUGAGUACACCUGAACCCCAACCUGAAUCUUUAAGCUGUACUAGUGCAUCAAAUUUACAGUCUGAAAUAGUAAUAAAUGAAUCUAAAGAUGUUAGUAAUCAUGAACUUUGUGUCCAAACAUCAUCUGAAGAAAGUAUUUUAAAACCAGAACAGGCACCAGAUCAUGUGGAGAAUUUGAGUGCCAGUCAGGGUAGCUCUGAAAUGCCUUCAGAAGAUAAUAUAGAAAGUACAUGUGAAAAGGCAAAUCAAGAAUCUAGCAUACCCAGUUUGCCUGAAUGUUCAGUUUCAAAAGUAGAUACAUCUGAUAUUGUAUUGUGUAGUAAUAAUAGUAGUAAAUGUGAUGAUAGUUUGUCUGAAAACUUAGAUUUAUCUACAAAACAGGUUCCUAAAAUAACUAUCAAAUUGGGCAAUAAAUCUUCAGAUGAAACAAAAUUACCUAUACCUAAGCUUACAAUAAAACCUAUAAAACCACCUGCAGAUGAAACAGAGGAAUCAAAUGAUCAAAUACCAAGCAUCACUAAAUUAAAUAUCAAGCCCAUUCCUAUACCAUCUGACAGUAUGAAUGAUCUUCAAGUAAGAACUUCAGAAAGCGAGAAAAAGAUGGAUAAUGAGGAACAAAUACCUCUAGUAACAAAAAUAAAUAUAAAACCUAUUCCAAAACCACCAGAAAAAAUUAAUGAUGUUCAUCGCAAAUCUAGUAGUAGUGACAUAUCAGAAUCUGAAAAUUCAGAGAAUGAUGAAAGUACUAGUACCUCAGAUCAAGCAUCAGCAUCAGAUCAAGGACCAUCUAAUGUUAUUCCAAAAGUAACCAUUAAAUUGGGUAAACCUGGGACUCAAAGUGAAGGAAAAUUUUAUACAGAAACAAAUACUGUGAAACGUACAGCGAAAACUAUACAACAUAGUGAAAAAGAGGAAAUAGAAUCCAUUUCUUCUGUUUCUAAAUUAAAAUUGGUUGUUAGUCAAUCUGAAGAGAAACAAAUAGAAAAAAUUCCUAAGUUGACAAUAAAAUCGGUAACAAAGUGUGAAAGUCAACCAUUAAGUCCUAAAUUGACAAUUAAACCAUUAAAACCCCCAGAUAAUGUCACCAAGGAUAAUGCUGUAGAUGUUUCUGAUACACAACAAAUACCUAAACUUAAGAUAUCAACAGAAUCUUUUUCAUCAAUUACAGAUAUAAAAGAAAAUACACAUGUGCCUAAAAUUACUAUAAAGCCGGUCACAAGAACUGAUAUAGAUAAUAAAAUACUCAAAAAAUCAACUGUUGUUACCAACAGUCCUGAACAUAUCCCUGUUGUUACAAAAUUAAAUAUUAAACCUAUUUUGAAACCAGUAGAUAGUGCAGAAUCAUCAGAAAAUUCAGAGGAAAAAGUUCCUGUAGUUUCGAAAUUGAAUAUAAAACCAAUUAUGAAGCCUAAAGAUGAUGAAGUUAAUUCUAGUGAAGAUGAUAUACCUAAAAUUAAAAAAUUAAAUAUUAAACCCUUAAAAAAUCCUGAAGGAAAUUCUUCAGAAGAAAAAGACUGUGAUGUUACAAAUAAUGUCAUUGAUGAAAAUACUAUACCAAUGGUUACUAAACUUAAUAUUAAACCUAUAGUUAAACCCCUUCACAAAGACACAACAAAAGAUUCAGAAAACCAAUCAUCUGAGACUGGGAAUUCAAGUGACGAAAACACUGAUCAUAUACCUGUCGUAACAAAACUAAAUAUAAAACCAAUUGUAAAGCCUGACUUAGAAGAAAUUCCUAGACAAAAAUCAAGUGAUGAAACCAUUCCUGUUAUAACUAAACUUAAUAUAAAACCUUUAGUGAAACCAGAAGGAAGCACAUCCCCACUAUCACCUAAAAAAGACAGUUUAAAAGCUAGUAUUUCUCCAUCAUCACCUAAACGAGACGCUUUUAGAACAGAUAUUAAAAGCUCUAGUAUUCCUGUGGUUACAAAACUAAAUAUAAAACCUUUAAUAAAACCGGAAGAUAUAGAACAACAAAAGUUAAGAGAUGAGAAUGCUGACAAAGUUAAAAAUCCACCAUUACUUAUGAAAAUCAAUAUGAAGGUGGUUGCUGAUCCUUCAGGCAGUGAAACUUCUAGCAUCGACAAAAAAAUUAAUAAUAUUGAUAGCAGUGAACAUAUUUAUAAUAAUAUUGCUGAAAAUCCGCCUAUGGUAAAAAAAUUAAAUAUAAAACCUAUACCAAAAAUUGAAUUUAAUGACACAGUGCAAAUCUCUAGAGAAAAUUUAGAGCUGGAAGGGAAAGGUAAAGUUGAACAAGAAGUUAAAGAAAAUCCCUCAGAAUUUAAACACAACUGUGUACCAGAAAAACUAGAAAAACAUGUUACUGAUCAGUGUCAUAUAUCCCUCAAGGAGCUUCCAACAUCGAGUGUAACAGAAGCAAUGCAAAGUGGUAUUUCAGAAAGCACUGUAACAACUGAAGCAACUCCUUCAUCACUUGAGUUAACUAAUGUUGUGAACAGUAUUUCAAAACAUAGUUUUAUACAAGAUUUGAAAUUAAAUAAACCAGAAACAGUUCAACAGACUGAACCACAUGAUCGAAAUAAACUUAUAAAUCAAACUGUAAAAAGUAGCACAGAAAUGCCUAUUCCAGAAACAACAGUCUUUAGAAAUAAAACAUUACAAAAUUGUACUUUGUUAAAGAUGUUGCUAGAACAUACUGAUGAUACCCUAGAUAAAAGACUAGAAGGACCUAUAGAAAGUAACUGUUCUUCUUCACCUUCAGUAGUUUGUAAGGAUACAUUAAAUUGUCAGCUGAUUGAACCUAGUAUUAAUGCAGAUAUUAACUCUAAAAUUAGCCAUAACAUGACAGAAAAUAUAAAAAGCCCUAAUUCUGAAUUACUUAGUGAUAGUGUCAUAGGUUUAAAAGUUCGACCAAUCCAAGAUCUAUAUAAAGAAGCAAGGGAAGAUUUAAAAAAUCCUUUGGAAAUUAAUGUUUCUGAUAAAAUUAUUAGUCAAAGUUCAGGGCAAGAUUCACCACGGAUUAUAUUGAAAAUAAAUAAGACUGAUCAUGGUUCUUCUGCGAAAAUAGUCACUGAAGAUAUAAUAACUAGAGCUGAGUCUAUUCACCAGCAGAACUAUUCCCCAGACAAUACUCAAGAAAAUAUUAAUGAUAAACAAGCUCUGAAAAAGAAUAUUGUGAAUAGUAGAAGAAAACAAACAUUGGAGUUAUCGCAGAGUGCACCCAUGGGCAAAAGGCUUAGAAGUUCUAGAGUUGUUGAUAGUACUGAUAAAAGUCCUAUAGUGAAACGAAAUAUUGGAAAAAGGCCAUCUACAACAGAUUCCAGUCCACCACUCAAUAAAGAGCCAGAACUGUCUGUAUUGGAAACAAAACGGUUAAAGCUUGGCCAACUUUUAUCUAACAAAUCUUUGACAAUUACUCCUGUUAAAGUUACUCAAACAUCACCAACCAACAAAUCUUUGGAAAACAAACAAAUUGUGAAGACAACUAAUCAUUCACUUUUAAACAACGAAAAUUGUUCGAAAAAUGGGAAUUCAAAAUUACACAAUAUUCUCUCAAAUUUACAAGCAAAACAAAUGCAAGCAAUGCCGCUUAAUGAUAUUAAUUGUUCAGAAAAAAGUCAGACAUCUGAAGUGGAUUCCAAUAUGUCUACUGGAAGUUCAGAUGUGGUGGAAAUUGGACGAGUCGAAAACUGUCACCCAGAGGUUCAGGAAAUGAUGAUCAAUGAAAAUUUUGAUUUUAACAUACCUAAUGAUGAUCUGUCUCAGGAUCCACUCGAAGUGGACAACUCUAAAACCUUAGACAGUACAAACGACAGUAUCAGUAUUCCGCAGGCGCUGGAGAUGACGCCGCAGCCGAAGAAGCGUGGUAGACCUCGAAAAUUGCCACUAUCAGAUAAUGCUAAACCCGUUUGUAUUACACUACCUGUUCCUGCGCUAGAGGAGCGACCACAGCGAUCACUACGUUUGUCUAGGGAUAGGCCUGCAAUAUUAUCGAAACCGAGAGGCGGCCGCGGCAGAGGCCGAGGGCGAGGAGGGCGGCCGCGGCUGGACGCGUCGGUGGACGGCACGCCGGCCGCCGAGCCCGGCCCGGAGCCCGGCCCGGAGCCCGAGCCCGUGGCCGGCACCGUCACCGUCACCGUGCCGCUGCCCGCGCCCGAGCCCGACGACCCGGAGACCAUAGACCCGACCAGCUCGCGGAUCAAGCUGCCGCGGAUGACGGAGGCGCUCGACAAGAUGCCUUCGUCGUGCUCCACGCCGCUGUCGAGUCGCCGACGCAGCUCGGGCGAGAUCAAGCUCUUCGGCGAGACGCACGAGCUGAAGGUGGUGCUGGACACGCUGCCUAAGCUGGAGGAGUCGUACAAGUCCCCGGAGGGGAGCGGGCCCCGCGGCGGGGGUCGCGGGGGGCGCGGCCGCGGGCGGGGCUCGCGCGGCGCCUCGCGCUCGGCCCGCGCGCGGGGCCGCGGCCGCGGCGGGGGGCGCGGCGCCAUGUACAUGAAGGAAACCUUGGGAAUAUAUGGACGAGUGUGUGGCCCGGCAACCACGACGGUCCAACUAUUUGAGGAAGAAACGUGUAUGAUGGAUGACAAUGCGACGCCCGCCAAACCUGCACACUUGCUGGAUGAAGAUUCGCAGAGUUCAGUCAAAAGUUCAACGAAUGAGAGCAGUAAAAUGAAAAAAUCAAAGUUUGCCGAUUUGUUUGAUAGUAAUAAAGUGUGGACGGCUGCCGAUGUAAAAGAGUACAUGUGGCCAGACCCCGAAAAAGCCAGUGAAGAACCUCAGGUGAUGAUGAUCCAGGAGCAGGUGGCGAUGUUCCUCGGCGUGAAGAGUUUCAAGCGCCGCUACCCAGAAUUAAAACGGCGCACAAUAACUGGUGAUGAACGGGAAUACGUACUCAGGAAGGGACUCGUCACGGAGGCCCUUUGUGAUCUUGGAAUAACAGCGGUCGACGCCAGUGAGGUGCUUGAUAUAAUGUUGUCAGACUACCCUCAUAAGUAUGAGGAGUACCGGUGUCACCAACGGGAGAGGCAGUUAACGAGCACCGAACCUAUAGUUGAGGAAGACAAGAAGGAUGUUUCUGAAGAAAAGGCUGAGAAAAUUGAAAUGAAAAUAGAAUCUAAAGCAGUUGAAAAACCGGACCCACCUAAGGUUGAUCCGGAGAAAACUAGACAGGACAUGGCGGCGGCGGCGAUCGCGUCCGCGAGCGAGUGGAACGCGCGGCUGAACGCGCUGCGGCGGCCCGCGUGCGCCGACCUGCAGUCGCUCACCGUGCAGCGCCGCCGGCCUGCACCCGCACCCGCGCCCGCCGGCCCGUCUGCAACGCACGCCGCGCUACAACCGCGCGUCUGCCCGCCCGCCGGCUUCUACCCGCACGCGCUGCUGCCGGGCCAGUACCAGCACUCGUAUCGCGUCUACACGCCCGACCAGCUCAGGUACUUCCCGUUGAGCACGGCGGUGUGCGCGGCGUGGCCGGCGGCGCGGGCGCGCGGGGCCCGCGGGGCGCGCGGGGCGCGGGGCGCGCGGGGCCCGCGGCCGCGCGCCGCCAGCUCCGACGACGACGACUGGCCCGACCGCAGCGACAGCGCCGACGACUCCGACUCCAGGCCCCACGCGCACCACCACGCCGCGAAGCGGAAAAAGCUCACGAAGGUGAAGCGAAGCAGUCAACCGGACAGCAAGGACAAGGACAAGGACAAUACGGUGAAGGAAGAGUCGCGAGAAGAGGAGGAAACGUGUCGCGUGUGCAAGCUGAGGCUGGAGGCCAACCGGAAGUACACGCACGAGAGGUUCCUCGUCUGCGCUACCUGCAACUCCAAGCAGCACGCUGCAUGCGUGUCGCUGUCGGCGUGGAGCGCGCGACGGGCGCGUGAGUACGCGUGGCAGUGCGCGGGCUGCAAGCUGUGUGCUGCGUGCGGAGCGACGGCAGUAGUCUCGGCCGGCACCGCGGCCAAUGUCGUGUGCGAGCUGUGCGACCGCGUCUACCACGCGCCCUGCCUCGGCCGGGCCGCGCCCACCACAGGGCGGUGGCACUGCGCCGAGUGUGCAAUUUGCAAGUCGUGCGGCGCGCGGGAGCCCGGCGGCCCGGGCGGGGGCUCCGCGGGGGAGGCGGGGCCGGGGGCGGCGGGGGCGGAGGCCGAGUGGCACCACCAGACGCGGCGCGGGCCCGGCGGACACAAGCUCUACUCGCACUCGCUGUGCACGCCCUGCGCCAGGGCGUAUCGCAUCGGUCGCUACUGCCCGCUGUGCGAGCGCUCCUUCAUCGGCCCCAAGGGGACAAUGCAGCUCGUCAUUUGUAAGCUCUGCGAUAGGCAACUGCAUCAAGAAUGCGUUAGGCAAACGGUGUCGAGUCUGAACGUGCUGGACUACACGUGCGGCGAGUGUCGCCGCGGCGGGAUCACGUCGCGCGCCGCAGCCGUGCGCCUCGCGCCGAGGACCAUCGCCACGCUGUUCAUGGCCAAGCGGCGGUUCAACAAGUACGCGCACCGGCAGUACCUCGAGAGCCGCCAGCGGCAGCUCGGCGACGAGCGCGCGUCCGACGCACCUCCGGACGCAGACGCCGACGUCGACGCACCCGCGGACGCAGACGCCGACGUAACCGUGGACGCAGACGCCGACGUAACCGCAGACGCAGACCACUACGACUGAGCGCCGCCAGUGUGUGCGAACGAUCUGUAUAGUUGGACCGUGUAAUAUAUCUAGCUGUUAUUAGUUUGUACGCUCUUAUUCGCUUCGGUAAUACGGUUGUAAGGUAAACUGUUGCAUAAAUCUGAUUAAUAUAACGAUUAACUGGUAGGCUAUAUGUACAUGUAAGUUAUCGGAUAGUGAGGAGAUACUAGUUGUAUUGUCUCUUAUGUUCACGCGGCAUACUCUUCGUUUUGUACGCAAUGAAAUGAAUACGAUCGUCAAAGAUUGUGUGGACUGACGCGGUCGACAUAUUAUGCAUAUUGUAUAUCCCUAGUGGACGUAGACGGUUUGAUUUUAAUGAUAAUAAACAUCGUAAAGUGGUUAGAUAGAUAGCUGUAGAACGCAGGUCACUAACAUGUAUAAUGUACAGUAACUUAUACUAACUUCACUAUAUGGGUAGCUGGGCAAUUUUUUUAUCUAUUUUAAAUAUGAAUAGUUUUGUUUUGUAAGUACCAAGUACGAGAUGGACGAUGUGAGUGUGAGUGAGGCGUCGCGUUCGUCGCGAGUGAACUCUACAACUUAGUUAUAGUGAACUAUUGUUUGACGUUAAACUGAUACUGGGAAUCAACGAUCUAUCAAAGUGAAAAUGUUUAUUAUUUAGUGUAUAUUUUAAACAUCUGCCUAAUCAUGCAUUUGAUUGUAACUCGAAAAUUUCUGUUAUUGUCAUUGUUCUAUUAAAUCAUAAAAUGUGGGCGUGUGAUUCGAAUACAAUGCGCAUUUUGUUUUGAUAUAGUUUAAUAUUAAAGUAUUGUUAAUUUUGCUUAUUAAGGUAUUUAUUUAUUAGUUAUACUUUUACAUGGAUACACCAGUAUACAACCUUUUGUUUCCCUUUACAUAAUAUUCGAGGAGGACGGUUAGAUAAAAGACGAAAUAUUGAAUGUGGCCACAUCGAGACAACAAAAGUGACGUUGGCGACAGACUAUCAUGAAUUUUCUUAUGAAUUGGGUGCGUUUGACGAUAUGUUUCCGUAACGAGCGAUUUAUAUGGUGUUGAUUAAUUAGUUGCACGUAUACAUAGAUUAUGUUAAGAUUUAUUUGUUUAGUUUAAUUGUAUGAAUGAAAUUCAGCAGCUCCAUUUCAUGUGAUUAUUUCAUACUUAAUUUCAAAGUACAAAACUAAUAGGCUACCUUUAUGUGCUAAUUUAAUCACUGUCGUUCUGGAAAGCGUACGGACCCCAAUGAUUAUAGAUUUAUUAUACAAAGGACAGAUAAAUUAUUUAACACAGAGUAUAAUUAUGUUUAUUUCAUGAUGAGAAAUUAUUUAUUUAUUGUACGGUGUUACGAAUGUAGUAUUAAAAUAUCGACCAGUUGGGUGGUGGCUUCCAGGGCGAGGCGAGACCCGUGUACGUACCGAUAGUGGGACGGUAGGAAGGUAGAACGGUAACAAGGGUCGCCCCCGCUGUACCUGCAAGUGAUUAUAUCUGCGCGCUAUCGUCUCUCAACCACUGCUGUGUGCAAUCAUCCCGAAGCAUAUUGUAUUAUACAUAUUGUAUUGGAAGCGUAUGAAUAAGUGCAGGCGAUGAUGGUCGCGUCAUCGAACACUGAUUACUUGUAUUGUAUAAUUUUUUAGUUUAUAGUUGUGCUUUGGUUUAUUAUUCGUAAUUUACUUAGUGACAAUUUAAGAUAAAAUUUUAUGUCCCCGUGUAUUUCAUCAAAUCAUGUUAUAACUUUUAUACGAUGUACACUACUGGUUUGGUGUGUCCUCACACCACGAUUCGCAUUGCUUUAUUGACACAGGUGAUUAAGACUUACUUGUAAGUGAAUAAUGAUAACUAUAUGUCUACUUAAUGCAAGUGUAAACGUUCUAGAAAUCUCGCACUGUUCGGUCAAUUUUGUAAAAAAAAUAAAAUAAAUUUAAUUUAAACUUUGUGUUUGUACUAUCCUUUUGUU